AUGAAUGCAUCAGCAAAUAAGGGAAUUAGUAACUCUAGUGAUGGCCAACGCCAAGGCGAGAGAACGGUAGAGACUGUGGAUUACCGUGUAUUGGCUGGUCAAGGCCAACAACAGUUGCACUCGGUCCAAAUUGUUCAUCAGCCACAUUUGCCGCCAAACUCUUCCGACAGUACUAGCGGCAGCAUCUUGGCAAAUGCCGCUGCCUCUGUAGCCUCCACCCUUAAGUCCGCAAAGGACGCCAUCUCCGGAAAAUAG